CCGGCAGCAGGGGGCGCGCUCCUUCCCCGGCUCCGGUCGGGCUCGGCGGCUCUCGCUGAAAAACGAGCCGCUCGCUCACACGCGCGAAGGCGGACGCCCCGCUCGGACUCCCGCUCGCCUCCUCCGACCUUCAGCGCGAUGGCGCGCCGCGGGCUUCCUCUUGUCUGCCUCUUUCUCUCAGGUGCGCUGAUGUGGCGGCGGUGCGCGGCGGCUCUGCGGGUGGACCUUUCUCCCGGCGGGCCGCUCUUCAAGCUGGGCGAGCGUCAGCGGCUCGUGUGCUCCGUCGGCGACUGCCCCGUGGCGCCCGUCAUCUCGUGGACGCCGCUCGGCGACCGGCCGCUGAACGCCGGCGUCCGGACGCGGGACCGCCUGUCGGUGCUCACCUUUGACCCCGUGGAGAUGGAGCACGAAGGCCCGCUGCUGUGUCAAGUCACCUGCGGGGAGCAACGCAAAUACGCCAAAACGCACAUCAGACUUUACGCCUUCCCGUCGGACCCCGAGAUCCGAGGUGAGCGGCCCGUCCGCGCGGGGGAGGAGUCCACGCUGACGUGCGAGGUGCGUGACCUUUACCCCGCCGAGGUGCUGACUCUUGAUUGGCUGAGGGGAGGCCAGGUGGUCCGCAGCGUGGCGGGAGAAGCCGGGGCCGGCGCCGUCCGAGCGGCGUACACCUUCACCCCUCGCGGGGGGCCGUCGGGGGAGAACCUGACUUGCAGGGCCACCCUCGACCUGCGCGACCUGCCCCCCGAGGAGCGCACCCGGCAGACCGUCGCCCGCCUCCACGUGACCUUCGCUCCAGUGGUGACGGCGCUGUCGGACCCCGGCGCGGUGAUGUCGGGGUCCGUCCUGGUUCUGAGGUGUUCCGCAUCCGGCAACCCGGCGCCGGUCCUCACGUGGACCUUCAGGCCCGAGGGUGGCGGGUCGGCGCAGGUCAAAGGUCACGGAGAGGAGCUGGCGCUGGCCGCGCAGGCGGGGGAGUUCCGAUGCGAGGCCCGCAACCGCGAGGGCCGACACAGCGAGGCCGUCCGCGUGCGCGUCAACGCUCCGCCCAGCAACACCUCCAUGUCGGUGAGUCCGGGCCGAGAGGUUCCGGAGGGCCGGCGCGUCACCUUCACCUGUCGCUCCCACGGAGCCCCGCCCCCCGUCCUGGUGCUGAGUAGGGAAGGGGUGGAGCUCUGGAGGUCGGACUCCACCCCCUCGCUCACCUUCAGCCUGUCCGUGCGCCCUCAAGACCCCGCCCGCUACCGGUGCGACGCCACCAACGCCUUCGGGACGGAACACGUCACACGAAACGUCACGUUGGAAGCUCCUCCGAGGAACACGACGGUCACGGUGGCGCCGUCGGCGGCGGUGCGGGCGGGUCAGAACGUGACGGUGUCCUGCCGCAGCGUGGGCUUCCCGCCGCCGGACGUCACCCUGGAGAAAGCGGCGGACGGGACCCGGCGCCGCUCCGCCGACGGCGUCUUCCGAUUGGUCAACGUGACGGCGGGCGACUCGGGCCUCUACCGGGUCAACGCCAGCAACCGCUGGGGCCACCAGGUCCGCGUGUUCCGCCUGAGCGUGACAGAGCCCGAGGCUCCGCCCGCUCCGGCCGCCGUCCUGGUGCCGGACUCGGGGACCCUCUCGCGUUGA